AACGUGCCUGAGCCGCCGAGCCGGGUGAGCUCGGCCCGAGAGCCGUUGCAGACACCCCAGCGACCCGGCAGCGAGCGAGCGGUGGAUCUCCGCAGGCCCUGCGCGGCGGACCGCGCCAGGAGCUCGGCAGCCGGGCAGCGCCCGCCACCGGCACUGGGUGUCCGUCUGCGGCCGGCGGUCCUCGCGCUGUCAGUCAGGCCGGGGGAGGGGGAAGGAGAGGGAGGCCGGAGCCGAUCCGAUCCGUCCCACGCUCGGCCUAAGCCCAAGUCCCCCUCCGCUCCCAGACAGGUCGCCACCGCCAUGCUGCCCGAGCCCGAUUGCCGUGUCCUCUCCAUCCAGAGUCACGUCGUCCGCGGCUUCGUCGGAAACAAGUCGGCCGCCUUCCCGCUGCAGGUGCUGGGAUUUGAGGUGGACACAGUCAACACGGUGCAGUUCUCCAACCACACAGGGUACGAUCACUGGAAGGGGCAAGUCAUGACAGCUGGUGAACUCCAGACACUGUACGAAGGCCUCAGACUGAACGAUGUGACUCGCUACGAUUAUGUGCUGACAGGUUACACCCGGGACACCUCUUUCCUGGAGAAAGUGAUGGAAAUUAUCAAGGAACUGCGGAGACAGAAUCCCAAGCUGGUCUAUGUUUGUGAUCCGGUGAUGGGCGAUAAGAGAAAUGGGGACGGGUACAUGUAUGUUCCAGAGAUUCUUCUUCCAGUAUACAAGGAGAAGGUGGUUCCGCUCGCUGACAUCAUCACUCCAAAUCAGUACGAGGCAGAAAUCCUCGCAGGGCGGAAGAUGAACACAGAGGAGGAGGCCAUUAAGGUGAUGGAUGUCCUUCACGAGAUGGGCCCUGACACUGUGGUCAUCACAAGCUCUGACCUUCCCUCGCAGUUAGGCAGCAACUACUUGGUGACACUGGGCAGCCAGAGGAAAGUGACAGCGACAGGAUCGCGGGUGACGGAGCGGAUUCGAAUGGAGAUUCCAAAGGUGGAGGCCGUGUUUGUGGGGACAGGGGAUUUGUUUGCUGCCAUGCUCCUGGCUUGGACUCAUAAGCACCCAAACAAUCUGAAGAUUGCCUGUGAGAAAACCGUCUCCGCCCUUCAACACAUCGUGACCCGGACCAUAGCCAAUGCAAAGGCCAUGGCUGGCCCUGGGAAUUCGCCAACCGCUGCCCAAUUGGAACUGCGUGUGAUUCAGAGCAAAUCGCAGAUUGAGAACCCCGAGAUAAUAAUCCACGCCACGACCAUCUGAACCAUCCAGACUCCAUAGCACCGCGCCCAUGAAGCACUUGUAACCUCCCCUGACCUCCGCCAACUGCCCCCCAGGGUGUGUGGUGAGGAGAAUGACACCCGUUGCUCUCUCCAACUAAUCCCUGUCCUUCCGUGCACUGUGCUGUGAAAGACCUGCGCUGGGGAGCGGUGUUGCCCUUCCACAGGUUGGGGGGGUGGAGUUUUCCCCUUGUCCCUGGAGUAUGUACUACUAGUGGGUUCCUUCAUCGGGAUUGGCUGCAAGCGCUCCCUCUUGUGGAAUACCUAUCCCUCUGACUGAAGAGACCCCAUACUGUGCCAAGUGUGGAGUGGGGCUUGGGAUACAUGAGAAUCUGCACUGGGGGUGAACUGGAUGCAUUCGUUGUUGCACAGUUUUCAGCAGAUUGUGUUUUAGAUUCAUUAAUUUAUCGUGUGUAUGUUAGACCAUAAGACAUAGGUGCAAUAUUAGGCCAUUUGGCCCAUUGAAUCUG